CACGUCACUUCACCAAACCAUAAAACUAAAACCCCUUUUGCCAUAACCCAUAAGCUUCUCACUUCUUUGCAAAUUCUAACUUCUUUUUCUUCUUCUUCUUCUUCAUUCCAUCAAUACAAUUCACCCUUUCCAUCUCAAUUCACUUUUCAUUCUUCCAAAGAUGGAUUGGCAAGGGCAAAGCCUAGCAGAGAAGUUAAUGCAGAUAAUGUUGCUUGGAUUUGCUGUGAUUGCCUUUGGAACGGGAUAUCUUACGGCUUCUUUCCAGAUGAUGAUCCUCAUAUAUGCUGUUGGUGUCGUUCUCACCACAUUGGUGACUGUCCCAAAUUGGCCCGUUUUCAACCGCCAUCCUCUUAAGUGGUUGGAUCCAAGUGAGGUAGAAAAGCAUCCAAAGCCACAACCAUCGUCAAACGUGAAUUCAAAGAAGAAACCCAUUAAGAAGUAGGGUUCUUGACAUAUGUUAGUGCUAGUAUUUCCUUGAGUUAAAAUUUCAUGCUUUGACAAUAUUUUGCUUCUUAUUUUCUUUCCCUCUUGUUCCCCUAUGGUGGAUAUUAUUACAAAUUUACAAUGUACUUUACUGUUGUGGACUACAAAAAUAUUAGCAAUUUUCAUUUUAGGUAUGAUUUGA